AUUGAUUGGCCUGUCGGUCAGUCAAGCGGCAGUAUUCAAGAAAUGUAAACACGUUGAAAUAUUAAACAGAGGAGAUGGCCUCUUUUGGACAGAGUGAGUACUCACCAGAAGAACGAGAGGCUGUACAGAAUGCAUUGAGACAGAAACUAGGACCGGAAUUCAUAAGCCAACGUACCGGUGCGGGGGGUCAAAAACUUGCCUACAUUGAAGGCUGGCGCGUCAUCAACCUGGCCAAUGAGCUGUUUGGGUUUAAUGGCUGGUCCCACUCGGUCUCACAACAGACUGUUGACUUUGUUGACCACUGUGGGGGGAGGUACUACGUUGGAGUCAGUGCAUUUGUCAAAGUUCAGCUUAAGGAUGGUGUGUUCCAUGAAGACAUUGGUUAUGGAGUCAGUGAGGGAAUGAAAUCCAAAGCUCUGUCCAUUGAGAAGGCCAGGAAAGAAGCUGUUACUGAUGGGCUCAAACGGGCACUCAAGAGUUUUGGUAAUUCAAUGGGAAACUGUCUGGCAGAUAAAGACUACCUAAAGUGCAUCAACAGAGCUCCUAAAACCACUACAAGGGUGUACAAUUUGGAAGACAUGAGGAAAACGGAUCAAGAUGAAGGAAUAGAACAAGCCAGAAAAUCUUCUAAUCUCCGGAAGCUGUCCAAUCACAAGCUCACUUCUGAACCGAGCCAUCAAGCUUCAACCAGGAAUGUGAAUUUGGUUUCAGCAACCACUCCAGACACAGAUCUUAGAGACACGGGGAUUGGUUCUAGAGACAAUAUAACAACCACCACAAGUAACUCCUCCAAUGAAAACAUUUCUAAAUAUAGCAACUCCAGGGAGACGACAAAAAUCUUGACAAAUGCAGAGAUUGUCCACGGGUCAGGGAAAUACUGCUUACCCAGUAAAGAAAAUGUGAACCCGCGGGACCUGGGGGUAGCGGGGAACACAGAGUGGGUGUCAGCUGAAGUGGCUUUGGGGAAAGAAGAUGACCCACCCCCUCAGGAGUUUGUAAGGAGGGGCUCUCUUCCCUUAAACCAUGGAGUAGGGACAGGAAUGACGCUGCGUCACAAACGGACCCAAUCUAUCCAGAAAGUGGAGAAUGAACAAGAUAAUGUUAAUAUUUCUAGUGCUAAAGAAGACGACAAGGAAGAUUUAAAGGCCAAGCAAGAGAGAAUACAGCGACAGCGCCAAAAACAGAUGGAGUUCAAACAGAAGCUGUCGGGCAAACAUGCAGACAACAUCACUAUUAAUACCAUAGGGCCUCCCGUGGCUACCUCCACUCCAGCGUUUAAUGGCCUCGGUCCGCCCAUCCAUACCUCCAGUCCCAAGGUCAUGUCAAAGUCGCGUCCCCAGAGUAGUUCAGAACCCUCUCCAAAUCAACCAGAGCUUCUCCCUGAGGAAAAUUACGAGGACACAGAGCUGUGGAACAACUCACUGGAAAUUGAGAGCAUUGAUCCGUUUGGUGAAAACCCUGCAGCGGGGGCAGGCAAAAAACAUUUAAAUAGAAGCAAGACACUCCGUCCUACUGAGUCAAGGGGGACAACUCCCACAAAAUCAUCAGAGCAGAAUCGACCUAACACACUUACCAAUCACUACCCUGUCACCAAGGCAACGGGUACAUUACGCCAGGUCACAGGUUACACAGGCACCACAGCUGUCAAUGACAUUGACGAGUGUGCUCUCCACCGAGGUCACAUAUGUGGACAGAUUUGUGUUAAUACGAUUGGUAGUUACCGAUGUGAUUGUAACCCGGGAUACACGCUUCACAGCGAUGGCAGCACCUGUAUUCAGGAUAAACCUAUUGGGUGUAAGAGAUACAAUCCCUGCCAGCAGAGGUGUGUGGAUGAUGACAAUGGCGUGAGCUGUGCCUGUAACCAGGGAUACACACUGCAGGCAGACGGCAUUAAUUGCAAAGAUGUAGAUGAGUGUGCCUCAGGAACUGCUGACUGCCCACAAGGACACGGUUGUUACAAUCGAGAGGGAUCUUACAGGUGCCAGCCCUGCCCCCAGGGUACAGAGGUUGACCUAGUCUCCAAGGGGUGUCGGUCUCUACCCCAGUGUACCAAGGGAUACUCCUAUAACAGCGGUUCUGGAUCGUGUGAAGACAUUGACGAGUGUGCAGCCGAGAUGAACACCUGUACGGCCAGGCAGAGGUGUGAGAACACUGUCGGUUCUUAUGUCUGUAGGAGAAUUCUGGGCUGUGGGACAGGAUACUCCAUGAUGGAAGACACUCAGACUUGUAAAGACAUAGAUGAGUGCUUGUUGGGCACACAUAAUUGUCCCUCAGGUUUUGAAUGUGUCAACAUAGAUGGUUCGUUCCGGUGUCGACAACCAACGUGUCAGAGGGGCUACCGAUUCUCCACAACAAAAGGCCGCUGUGAGCCCAUACAGUGUCCUCGGGGUAGAGAAGCAGACUCCAAGGGGAUGUGUGUAGAUAUAGACGAAUGUAAGCAGUCUGGAAUAUGUCCAUUGUCAGCUCGCUGUGUCAACACAUAUGGCUCAUACCGCUGUAUACCCAGCACUUCCUGUCCUCAAGGUCACGAGAUUGACCCUGUCACACAGACCUGUGUAGACAUUGAUGAAUGUGCCAUGGGCACCCACAACUGUCCAAGUGACCAGCAGUGUGUCAACAUUGCCGGGAGGUUUAGUUGUACUUGUAGUGCUGGCUACAGAAGGAAUUCGCAGGGUAACUGUGAAGAUUUAGACGAGUGUUCCUAUGGCAAUAUCUGCCCAUUUAAUGGAGUCUGUGAGAAUACGCCUGGCAGUUAUAAGUGUAACUGUAAUGCUGGGACUGAACUCAGAGGAAGGUCUUGUGUAGAUAUUGAUGAAUGUGAGGACAGAAAUUUAUGUGAACACAGAUGUGUGAACAUUGUGGGAUCUUACGAGUGUUCAUGUAGACCUGGCUACAAGCUGAACGCGGACAAACGAACAUGUUCAGAUAUUGACGAGUGCCAGUCUUAUUCACUGAGGGGUCGUGUUUGUGGAGGGGCUUGUGUCAAUACCCCUGGUUCCUACAUGUGCACCUGUCCUGACGGGUGGAGGACGCUAGGAGGGGGAAGGUCAUGUCAAGAUAUUGAUGAGUGUGCUGAGGGGACAUACAGAUGUACAUCACAGGAGUCGAUGUGUUUCAACACCCGGGGCAGCUACAAGUGCCCCCAGGUGACCUGUCCCGCAGGUUUUGUCAGAACUCCUGUAGGGCCUCGCAGAAACAGUGUCCGAUGUAAGAGAACUUCUUUCACCUGUCAAAGAGGAGAUAUAGAGUGUCUCACUGCUCCUAUCUCUCUAUCCUACAACUUUCUUUCCUUCCCAUCAAACAUCAAGAUCCCAACAGACUUAUUUGCCAUGUCAGGGCCACGGACAUCUCAAAAACAGUUCACCUGGGAUCUCAAGGUCAUCAAAGCACAACCUCUUAAAUCUGGAGUAAUGACCGUCAAUAGGGGUUACUUUGACCUCAAAAUUAAGAAUUCUGCCCAGGCUGUCGUGUCCUUGAACUAUCGUAUCCCUGGACCUCAGGAUGUUGAACUGGAACUGACCAUGCAGAUCACUGACCUCAGGUCAGGCUACACAGGGACAGCAGUGUCCAAAAUAUUCCUGUAUGUGACCGGGGAGAGUGUGGUGUAAAGGACGUAAUCUGUACUGUAAACCAACUUUUAUUUGCGUACGAGAAAUUUUUGCAAGGUUCACGAGAGAACCAGUCCUUUAAUCCUUUCCUUCAUAGUGACACCUUUGUACGCCUACCAUGAUUUGCAUGUACGUAUAUUUGUUAAAGGUUAUCUCUGUUGCAAAAAUUAGUCACUACGAACCAGUAUAUCCCUGGUGCAUCGCGAAGUAAAGUCAUCACAAAUAAAAGUGGGUUUACAAUAUCUCUCCUUUAUUGUAGUUUUCAUUUUAUGAUGUCAGAAAGUAUAAUAAAAUGCACUGCACUCAUUUAGCUUAAAAGAAUUGUUGCAAACUAUAUUCACACAAAAAAAUCAUAUGACAUUCUGUUUUGUUUUUUUUUUUGUCAAUGUGAUAGUGUAAAUAUUUUUUUAAUCCCCACAUUUCUUUGUUUUUUGUUGUUAUUGUUUUUUGUACAAGAAAACACCUGCAGCAUCAUGUAAUUUUGUGCGAGAACUCUGGUGCAUUUGCUCAUCAUAAUAUUGCAUCAAUAGCUUUCAUUUAAGGGGGAAUAACACACCAGAGAAAUUUUAUAUGGAUGGAAUAUGGAGGAUAUGUACAAAAAUAUUUUAAAAUUAAAAAGUUUCAGAUUUACCUCAUUUAGUGAAAAAAUGCAGGUUUAGUCGAAAUUAAUCGGGGAAUGGGGGGGGGGGGUUAAAACCCCUACUAAACUUGAAUACACAAUCUACAGAUCAACAGUUAACAUGUUAACCUAUUGAGCUACCCAGCAAAGCAAUUAGAUUUAAAAGGAAUAUACAGUACGUGUAUUGCUGAUACUGUAGAAUCAUUUAAAUUCGUGGGGGCCAAUUUUCGUGGAUUGCUGAAUUUUUACGGGUUCGUGGGAAGGUAAUUUCGUGGAUUUAUAUAUUUGCAAGAUUCUUGUAUACUAGUUGUCUUUAUUCGUUGAGGAUGUAAAUUGGUGGGUAAGGGGUACCCACGAAUUCCACAAAAAAUGAGCCACCACGAAUUCUAAUGAUUCCACAGUAUUUAUAUUUUUAUUCAAGUUUUAAGAGGAAGCCAGCCAUUAUGAAGAUGUAUUAUUCCUCCUUUAAUCAGCCAUUAUGAAGAUGUAUUAUACCUCCUUAAAUCAGCCAUUAUGAAGAUGUCUUAUUCCUCCUUAAAUCAGCCAUUAUGAAGAUGUAUUAUAUAUACCUCCUUAAAUCAGCCAUUAUGAAGAUGUAUUAUUCCUCCUUAAAUCAGCCAUUAUGAAGAUGUGUUAUUCCUCCUUAACAUCAACUUUGUUCAAUCAUCUGUUCCAUGCAUGUAUGACUUCUAUCCAUUUAUAACUGUUAUUCAGAUAAGAACUAGAUUUAAGAAUAUGACACUGUAUAUGCACUCAUUUAUGGAGACAUAUUUUGCAAAAGUGCUUAUUUAUGGUUGGGAGAAAACAUGUGAUCUCUUUUCAUCCAUUUUGUAAAGCAUAGAGGUGCUAAUUCAUACUAAGCAUUAGCUACGAUUGCACUGUGCUAAAAUAAGCAUACAUUUAGUAUUCAGCUGAUAAUCUUCAAACAAACAUUUGUAUUAAUAAAGCUUUGAAAACUUA